CACACUUUCAGCUGGAAAGUACCGAAGUGAAGGAGAAAGCGAAAGAAUGAAAAGAGGGCGCGGACGUCUCCAAACUGCCUCCGUGGACUGCAGCCAAGUGUAAAAAGGUGUUUUUCAGGCCUUUCUCUGUAGCUGCACCCCGGUCUGAGCCAACCCUUCAAGGCCAAACGCCACAACACGCCAAUAAAAACUGCGUUUCGUUUCACAGGAAACAAAAGUGAAACUAGUUCAGAGCAGACAGCAGCCGGCCUGUGAAGAUGGCCGGCGUACACUCCUAUCCUCUGCUCGUUGAGCUCGAAGAAACCAAAAUACCCAGAUUAAAAAUCAAGUUAGUGAAAUACUUUCAAAGUAAGAAAUCUAACGGUGGUGGCGAGUGUGAGGUGGAGUAUGAAAAUGGCAGCAGGACGGCGAUGGUGCGCUUCCGGAGAGAGGAGGAUCAGAGAAACGUUCUGGCCAAAGAGUCGCAUCAGAUCAGUUUGGAAAAAGGCGUUUUGAAGCUGACGGUCCGCUUACCCACGGAAGAGAAAUCAUCACGGGAAACUCCGUCUGAUAAAGAUAAGAAGAAAUCAGAUGUUGCUGCAGACAAACAGGCGAGUGCUGAUAAAAGCAACCCGACAGUUCAAACAGAAACAGAAGGCGGAGACGAUGAUACAGCAGAUGAAGAGCCAUGUUCCACCUCGGCCGUUUUAGGGAAUAUUCUUGAUAAUACCAACCAGGAGUUCUUGGAGAUGCUGGUGGAAAACAUCACUAAGUCUCAUGACUUCACUUUGGAAUUCUUUCCUGACAUCUCCUCUGCUGUGGUGACUUUCCAGAGUGGAGAAGAAAAUGCUAAUUUUGUGGCAAAAUGCCCCAAAACAAAUGUUCACCAAGAAGGGAUUUUCUGUUCAACCUCUCGAAGUCACAAAGCAAGUUCUAGUUGA